AUGAGGAGUGUUCGGGUGGACGUGGAUGGGCCGCCAACUAAAAGGUUGGUGGAAGUUAGUCAGCACCGUAUGCGGGAUGAUCACAAUGUGGUGAGAAAUGGAACUACUGCUGAUAGACAUGGAAUGUCCGAGGAAGGUGAGUCAAGGAACAAUGAGGAAGAGAAUGAUGGUCACAUAGAUCUGCAGGCCCAAACUGCACUGCCUGCUCAACAACAAUCGCAACAUCAACAGCAAGGGUCAUAUGUCCAAUGGGAGCGCUUUCUUCCGUUUAGGUCCCUGCAGAUUCUAUUGGUGGAAAAUGAUGAUUCAACUCGUCAAAUUGUCAGUGCUUUACUCCAAAAAUGCAGUUACCAAGUCAUUACUGCAUCAAAUGGUCUAGAAGCUUGGAGAAAGUUGGAAGAAUUCACAAAUCAAAUUGAUCUCAUCUUAACGGAGGUUGCUAUGCCCUGCUUAUCUGGCAUUGGUCUUUUAUCCAAGAUAAUGAAUCAUAAAACUUUCAAGAAUAUCCCCGUCAUCAUGAUGUCAAAUAAUGAUUCCAUCGGUGUAGUCUACAAGUGUCUGUCAAAGGGAGCGGUUGACUUUUUACUGAAGCCUAUUCGGAAGAAUGAGCUCAAGAUUCUCUGGCAACAUGUUUGGAGGAAAUGCCACAGUUCAAGUGGCAGUGGUAGUGAAAGUGGGAUACGAACUCAAAAAUCAACAAAGUCAAAAUGUGCUCAAGGUUCAGACAAUAACACGGACAGCAAUGACGAGGAGGAUGAUGGAAGCAUUGGCUUAAACUACAAGGAUGGCAGUGACAAUGGAAGUGGUACCCAGAGUUCUUGGUCGAAAAGAGCUGUAGAAGUUGACAGUCCCCAACCUAUGUCUCCGUGGGAUGAUUCAGCUGAUCCUCCUGACAGUACAUGUGCCCAGGUCAUUCAUUCUAGGCCAGAGGCACAGAGCAGUAACUGGGUUCCUACAAAUGUGACAAGAGAUACUCAGUUGCAGAAUGAUGAAACAGACAACAUUGCAAUGGGUAAAGAUUUGAGGAUUGGAGUUCCUAGGGAUCUAGACUUGCAGAUUGAAGGUUCAAGGAAUGUAGCAUUGGGAAAUACUGCAAAUAUUGAGAAGGGUAGUUGCUCUACUUCAGACGUGAAGCAAGGCAGGGAUAACAUUGAAAAAGGGCUAACAGAAUACCACAACGAGCAAGCAGAAGAUAAGUUACAGGACAAAGAGAUUGAUCUGAUGGGUGCCAUUACUAAUGUCACGAUGGCUCAUGGUAGGAGUGUGCAGUCUGAGGCCCCACAUGACCCAUCCAAGGCUACUACACUCAGAGAAAUGGACGCUUACAACGCAAAAGAACUGCCAUCCCUUGAGCUUAGUUUGAAAAGAGUCAGAGAUGCAUGUGAUGCUGGAACCAGCACCCAAGAACGUAACAUAUUGAGACAUUCAGAUCAUUCAGCAUUUUCCAGGUACAACACGGUAUCUACCACGAAUCAGGCUGGGGUUGUUGGAAGCUGUUCUCCAGUUUAUAACAGUUCAGGAGCUGCACGGACGGAAUCCAUUCAGAACUUACAGUCAAACUCGAGUGGUACACCUUACCAGGGUUCUAAUGGCAGUAGCAACAACAAUGAUAUGGGAUCUACCACAAACAAUGUAUUUUCUAAGUCAGAAGUCUUGGCAGUCAGAUCUACUGCAGUUGGUACUCGACCUGGUUCUGCUUUUCAACCAGUGCAGCAUGGCCAAAGUUCUCUCCUACAGCCUGUGGCCCCAGUAAAGUCUGAUGGUUCAAAGAGCGCAACUGCGCAAACAAGUUCGAAUCAACAGCAACCUCAAGUGGAGCAUCAUCACCACCACCACUAUUACCAUCACCACCACCACAUCCAUAGCUCGAAGCAACAAAAGCAACUUUUGAAUGUUGAAAGCUUGGCUUUGAGAAAGAUGAAGACAGGGGAACCUCAAUCUGGAACAGCCAAUAUGUUGAUUGUGGAAAUCGAAGGUGAUGCUGCUAAUUAUGGUAGUGCCUCCGGAAGUAAUAAUGGAAGCAACGAGCAAAACGGGAGCAGUGGACAAAAUGAAAGCAGUGCUGCUGUUGUUGCAGAAGGGACAUUGACCAGCGAUAAUGGGGGGGCAGGAAAAUCCGGGGUUGGCGGUGUAGUCAUUGGAAGCAGGAGUGGUGUAGAUCAGGAUCGCUUAGCACAAAGAGAGGCUGCUUUGAACAAGUUUCGCCAGAAGAGGAAAGAAAGAUGCUAUGAGAAAAAGGUAAGAUAUCAGAGCAGGAAAAAGCUUGCAGAACAAAGGCCGCGGAUCCGAGGACAAUUUGUGCGACAAACGCCAGAUGAAAACAAGAGCAAAGAAAAAAGCAACGAUCCAGACACCUAA